AACCACGAGAAAGGAGUUUUGAAAGGUGCCCUCAAAAAUGAUAAUUCCUGUGUAGGAAAGUUGAUCAACGUAACUAUCUUGUUCUUUUAGUCAUUAUGGUUAAAACUCGGCGUAUAGACCCGGAAUUCAGAGUUACGACACCUGUUGUUAAAUUGUUAAAGAAAACCUUCAUUGGAAUCUCGUUAGCGGUCACUACUGUAACAGUUUUUUCGAUGUUUGGCUUGCGAAAAUAUUUCCCCCUGCAUCCUGAAAAAGAAAUGGAGAGAGAGCGUCUUAAGGAUGAACUAAUAAAAGCUGAUUACCGUUAUAUGAUGGAGGAAGCAGAAAGAAUUAUGAAUGAGCAAUAUUCCGACGAGUUUCAAUAUACUGACAGGAAACCACCUCAUGCAACCAGGCAAUAAUGACUAUUUGACACCUCUAAGUCAGUCUUUUGGAAUAUUUGUACAUUUUUCUGUAUGAACAUGUUUUUUUGUCUCAUUGGCUAGAGACAUUUUUGUGUACCAUAAUUAUAUGUUAUUAAAGUUAAUUAUAUGUAGACUUCUUUGUAAAGAUAUUAGUGUGUAAAAGACAGGAAGGACUGCAAAGAAAUGAAUAAUGUGAAAUAUUUUGAUAGAACUGAAUCAUUUGAAUUGUGUACAUGUGAAUUCAGAGUUUGGUUUUGUGAGAUUCAUUCAUCAACCUUAUAAAUCAUGAAAACAAGGAAGAAAGAUGAAGAGAAUACAAAGUCCAAACUAUCGCUACAGAAGAAAAAGAAAGGGGGAAAGGAUGCACUUCAAAAUAUUUUGUCAAUGCCGCAGAAUUCAUUAAAUGAAACAUGUGAAUUUCAAGUCAGCAACAACAGGUACAAAGAGCAAACUUCAGCACAAUGUGAGAUGGAUUUAGAUGUACCAGAGGCAGCGGCAUCUUCUGUUUUUGAAUCAAAGAGAGAAGAGGAUGCUGACAGUUUCAAGAAAUGUCCAACUUGUGAAUUGAUGUUGACUACAAACGCCUUUCAGUCACAUGUUGUCAGUUGCUUGAAGGAGAGAUUCCAGAAAAAAGGAUCAAAUGAAGAUGAGCUUAGCCAGGAGAAAUUUGUUUGUCAGUUCUGUACAAAGGAUCUCUCUCACUUUAACUCAGCCAGGAAAACACAGCACCUCAACAGGUGUAUGGACAAGGUAGAUGAGAUGAAACAAAAAGAAACUGAGAAGACAGAACAGCUUGAGAAGGCUAAGACAGCAGUGCUGGACUGUCCUAUGUGUGGCAAAGCUCUGAAGACAGAAAGUGGAAGAAAAAUCCACAUGAAAAAGUGCAGCCAGAAGCUGGGGGUGUCCACAGACCAACUUCUGACCCUUAUAAAACAGCAGGAGGAGGAGAGACGGGUGAACAUAGCGGCCGGGCUGGUCCCUCUGGCAGCAAGAUCAACCAUUAGCAAACUCGGUAAGCAGACCAAGAAAAAGCUGAAAGAGCCACAGAGUAAAUACGAGGAAGAGCUGCAGACUGCUCUGGCCAUAUCUGAUUCUUUGUCGAAUAAAAAUGUCAGCAAGAAAACAGAGACACAGCUCCAGAAACAGGGUUGGAAGAAAAAGGCAGAUCCCACCCCAUCUCUUUUGGUCCUGCUAUCAGAGGAGGAAAAACAGAAGAGACGAUCAGAGAGGGUGGCAGCCAUGCUGAUUCCCCAGGAUCUAGAUGAUGAUGAUAAUGAAAUGGAGAAUUUGGCCCCUGCCUUCUGUGGUAGUCUUAUUCAGGAAAAGUACUCAUCUGACAAUGACAAGAUGCCUUCUUUAUGGUCAAGAUGUGAGUUAUCCACAGAGAAUUUAACUGCCUUUGAAAACAAAGAUAAGUUCUAUGUGGAAAAACUUAUGCCCCCUAUAUGUGUCAGUCGUUUUGUUGUGGGCUCCAACAUCAAAAAGGUAGAAAGCAUUCCGGGCCGAAGACAGUCCACCUACAAAGGAAUCCCAGACAAGACAGAGGUUGGAAGCAGUACUUUUCAUGGUGACACUAUGUUGGCCUCCACUCAGACUGCAGUGAUACUAGCAGAGUUAGAGGUCAAUGCUGGUUCAUCUGGUGACCUUGACCUGACCUGCAGUGGUUUCUGUCCAGACUCUCCUGUCAAAGUGCAGGAGCAAACCAAACAAAAGGUAGCAGAUGCCCACCAAAAGACAAUGGUUUCCAUGGUGAACAAUCCUAAUUUCAGUGAUAUAAGGAUAAAGACCAGUGAUGGUAUCAUUCAUGGUCACAGACUGAUUCUAGGGCUCAGGUGCCCUAAGAUUAUCCAGGACAGCCAGGAUGAAGUGGAACUGACAGACUAUUCCUCUACCACUGUACUGGCAGUUAUGAAGUACCUGUAUGCUGGGGCCAUCUGUCUUCCUAAAGGUUCAGUCUCCGAAAUAAAGAACUUGGCUUCAUGGUUGGAAAUCGAUGAAUUAGUAAAGAUUUGCGCCUCUGCUCUGAAUGACCAAAAAAUGGCGGACAACCAAGAACCUGCAGAAGACAAGGAGGAGAAAAACUUAAGCAAUCUACAGAACAUGAUGACAGAGGACACUGAGGAGGGAAAUCCAAGCGAAGAUGAAGAAUGUGAAGAGGAGAAUAACUUUCAUGAGGGAAUAUCUAAUGAAGAUUACAAUGAUAUCAUGUGUACACAGAGGAAGAAAUACAGCGUCACUGAAGGGAGGAAGAAUCAGGAGGAUUCUGGGAAGGAGAGUUCAGAGGUCGAUCAGUCAGGCAUGGAGAGUGAUGCCAGUGAAGGGGAGAUAUCGCUGUUCUUUCAUGAUGAAAGUUUUGAUGGGACUGCUGCAGAGCCAUGCCAGAAAGAUGAUGAAUGUAAUAUGCAAAAUUCAGCAAAGAAAAGAAAAAGUGAAGGAAAAUUGCAAAAUGAUAAAAUGGAUGACAUGGAUGUUAUAUUCAUAGAUCAAGAGAAAGGAUUUGAAGAUGGAACAAAAGAAUCUGAGUUAAUGGAAAGUAAAAAUGAAAAGGACAGUGGUGUAGAUCAACAAGACAGGGUGAAUAAAGAGCUGGCAACAGAGGAAUUGAAUCCAAAACUUCAGGUCAAUGACAGCAUUGUAUAUCAAGAUGAGGAUCUAAUUAUUUACAGUGAAACUGAAGACACGCCUCCAUGUUCCGGAUCAGAAGUGAUCAGAAAAUCCCAGUCUGUGGAUCCUCUGUCUGCGGAUCUGUCAUUGAAUCCAGACCGGAGUGGGAGAGCUGAAAGCCCAUUGAUAGUGGCCAGUGGGUCCAGUUCUCACAGUUUCCUGGAGGGAGAGGAGAUUUUAGUGGGGGAGGGAGAUAUAAGGCCAGGGUCUCCAGCCAAUAGUGGGCAGGGACUAGACUCCUCGGGUUUGGAUUUGUUUGAGUCUCCUAUAUCCAUACAGACUCCUGAACAUGUAAACUCACAGAGUAGAUUCCCUGAGACUGAUCGGCUAAGCCCAGGGCUAUAUCCAGGGAACUUCAGUCCACCCACACCCCAUUCAUCACAUUCACCAGCUCAAUCUAAAGCAGGAAACCAAACACCAGUCAAAGUAUCAACGAGUGGUGGAUCAAAGAGAAUCUUGAGGAGGAGUAACCUGAACAAGGUUCUGUGUGAUUCAGAUUCUCCUAAACAGAGCAGUGAUGUCACUACAACAGAGGUCAGUGAUGGAAACAGUGUUAAUGUUGAUGAUGGAUUCAACUCUCCAAUGUCAGUUACCUCGAUACAUUCAGACAGUGAAGAAGACGAUGUGUCUUUGAUCCAAGACAAGAGCCAGGUCGCUUCGCCCAAACAAACUGUUGGAUCUCCUGCGUGUCAGCUGCAGCCCAGUCAGAGAAAGACUUUUCGAUUUACCAAGACUAAGCCAGUAGUUGUGAACUUAGAGAGGUACCUUACUCCAGAGAAAGAAGAGCAGCCUGAUGUUGUAAUUUGUGCAGUGAUCUCGUCACCUGGUGUUGAUUCCAGCAAAGAAAAUGGAAUGGAAAAUGAAGCAGACCUGGACAACCCAAUUCCAGAUGUGUGGGAGGGCUUCAAUGACAGUGGAAUGGAUGGAGGUAUUUUGGCCUGUGAUCUCCCUACCCCUACAAAGUCUGCCAGUGAUGUAAAAAGUACCACCCCAAAGAAGAUACCCAAACUUCGAACAGAACCAGAUACUCUUACGAAUGUUUCUAAGGGAACUAAAGGACUUGUAUCAAAGAAUCCUUCACUAGAAGUACCAGAUGAACUAGGUGAGAGCUUUGGUAAUGACAGUUUUGAUGUGGAGAUGACUGCACAAAUGACUGAUAAUCAGAGUUUCUUCAAGACUCCAACUGAGAAUAGAAGACCUAAAAAAGCCCCGAGAGACUGGGUUCCCCCAUCACCCUUCACCCCAAUGCCAAGCUAUGACAAAAUGAACACUCCCCAGCUCAAGAAAGAGGUACAGAAGAUAGGUGUAAAGCCUGUGGGUAAAAAGAGGAUGCUGCUUCUGUUGAAGGAUGUGUACAAGCAGACUCACCAAUAUGAGACAGAUAGUGAGUUUGAGACAUCAGUUGAUGAGAUAAGGACUGAACAGAAUGAAGGAAGCGAGCUUGUCUCAGUCUCGGGUGAUGAGGAGGACAAUGAGAUCAGUAGCAGCCAGGGGUCCGAGAUGAGUGUUGUCCUUGAAGAAACCAUGAUGGAUGUUGAAGAAGAGAUAACUCCAUCUCAAGCUGCUUCAGAUGUGCCUGAGCUGACUCAGAAGAUCUCACAGUUUAUUCAAGACAAUCCAGACAUGUAUACCAAGAUACUGAUGUACAAGCCAAUUGAGUUGGAUGGAUUGAAAAGGGAGAUAACUGUAGCUGGAAUAAAAUGCUCCAUGGAAAAACUAAUGAACUAUCUGGAUGAAAAGUGCAUUACAUUCACUAUGAAGAAUAGAAGAAAAGCCAGUCCAAAGAAAGGCAGAGGUCGGGGAAGGAAGAAAAAAGCUGAGGUGGAGGCUGAAACACUUACAUGGUCAGAGAUAAGCCUUUAUGAUGGGUACCCUGGUCAUGAGGAACGAACUGGGCAGUCUGGAAUCAGGGCUCAAGGACCUGAAAAGGUCAAGGUGUUCUUUAUUGCAAACAAUGUGAGAAGAGUUCAAGCAGAACAGGACACCAAGUUUUACCAGAUUUUGCUCAAAAUGAUGAAUGAAGUCAAAGUACUGAGAACUGGACAACAGAAGGACUCUCUGAUGAAAGUGUUCACCUGGUUUAAGGCAAACAAACACACUCUACACUCAGGACCACAUUUUGGAAAAUCCUAUCAGCUAAAAGAGGCAUCAGAUGUUGUGAAGAAAGCUCAGGGGUCAACUAGACAGUCCUCACCCCGCCGAAGUAAAGUGGUCACCACACAGAUGGCCAAGGAGGAGGAGGAGAAACAACCUGUCACGCGCCUAGAAUCCGCGGAGGGGAUGAGGACUUUCUUUCAAAGUGUAACCCCCUCCACACAGCUUAAUGACCCAGAGACACCAAAAAACCUUUUCAACCUUGACCUUCCCUCUAACAAGGACUAUGUGAAUGAAUACUUGACAAGUCGGUUUUUCCAGGCGGGAGAGAUAUCCGGAUUUGGGCGACCUUCAACUUUGGAUACACCCUCAAACCGCAACUACAUGAAUGACCAGGUGCCUUCAGAGAGAACUGUUGCUAUGGAGAGGUUCAUCAACAGUCCGAGUCUGUAUGACGGCCCAGAUGUGGAGCUUCAGAGAUUGGCAAGUUCCCUUGGAGAUGUUGAUGAGGGUCAUACAGAGUUACAUCCCCUGCCUCAAGAGGACGGUCGUGAUUCUGUAGAGAGCCAGCGUUACAUCGAGAGCGUAACAGUCGACAGCCAUUACCAGGACGAAGACGACGAAGGGUUUGAAAUCGAUGAAUCUGGACCAGCAGAUAUUGACAUGGAGCUGCCAGAUAUCCGUAGGAAGCUGUCCAGAGAACAAACUGCCACAACCAGUUUUAGGGCUGCCAUGUCUGCUCCUACUCACGGAGACCAGUUUUCUAAUUUGUCAACAUACAUUCCCAAGAAGAUGGUCCACCCCAUUGCGAGUCUGGUGAACCCUCAUGCUCAGCUGGCAGCCAUGGAAGCCAAGCGAGCGGAGGAAGAGUACCAAGCCUCCAGAGAAAACACCAGUCUAUCUCACAGAAUACUGAGCAGAUCGUCAUCAGCUGUUCCCAAGUCGUCAGCCACACCCCAGAUUCCUACCUUCAGACCGGUGACUGCCAUUUCCUCCCACCCUGAGAGCCUCACCCACUGGAAAUCCUACAACAAGGACAUGUCAUAUGGACAAGAAAUCCUAAGAGAUUUGAGUUUCGUUGGUCGCAGUGGUACAGCUAUGGAUGUACGCUACACUGCCCAUGACUUCGGAGAAAUGCCCGAGGAGAUGACAAAACAUGUCGUAGCAUUCUUUUCUCAGAAUUCAAAGUCGGUACCGGUUGCCAAGGUGUUGACCCCGCGAACUGUGGAAGUUCAGGAGUUGUAUACACAAAGUUCAUUGGAGGACUUCUAUGCAAUGGCUGAUAACCUUUAUCCACGAUUUCCCAAAUAUCGCAAACCGGUGUACUCCAAACCAAGGUCAGCUGCUUCUAGUCGUAUGUCUGAUACUCCUGAAAAGACCUCUCGGCAUGUGGAGAAACCAAAAUUUCAUCCCUUAGGCAAACAGCUUCUAGAUGCUGCUGAAGCUGAGUUGCGUGAAAAAGAAAACAAGCCUCCACCUGAACCAGCAUCCUCCGUGAAGCUGGACGCUGUGGUACAGCUUGUGGAUGACGUCUCGGAGAACAUGACCUACUUCAAGGAAAGGCUUGCACCAGCUCCAAGUCCAGGAUUCCGACAGCCGUCAAGUAGUACAGUAUCCAGGAGACCUCUGUCACGCCCGGCAACAGCCACAGGUCAUAGGUCACCUAGCCCAAUGCAGCGCUCAAAUUCACCUGAUAUUAUGUCGGAGCGCCCCAGACCCCAUACCUCUUUCUCUCACAACAACCCUCCCCCAGGUGUGGAAUUCCUGGAGCCCCACCCUCCAAUGUCUGUCCGGUCAGGUACGCCCAGUAGAACAGCGGAGGCUAUCGACUGGAGAGGGAAGAUCAUCCCUGAAACAGAGCGCACAAAAUGGCUAAAAGCAAAGUUUGGGGAUCAUACUUAUGUUCAAAAAAUGAAAGGAAAACGUCCAGUUGGAGCUACACAUGCUGGCAAACGGCCAAAAACGGCUCCUCAAUCUUUUCAGGAUCGAUGGAAAACGGAAAAGGAGAGCAACACAAACACCCGAGUGGAAUCACAGGCGGCGACCAACACGAUGACCGAGGUCGACCCAAAAGUGAUGGAGUCCGUGAUGAGAGUGCAGCCAAUCGAAAACUGGAACACUGGAAUGGGAUCUAUGAGCUCAAUUUUCCUGGAUGAUGAUUUUCUACGAUCCUUCAGUGGAAGUCGACACACCGGUCAUCCUUCAACGGACACUAACACCCCUGUACCCAUGGAGUAUGUUCCCAUUGUGUCCUCUGCACCAAGGUCACUCUCAGGAAGUCGAGCCCAAAGUCGCCAAACUCGGUCCCGAUCAGAUACAAGAGCAGAGAGUCGAAUCGAUGAAAUACAGGACGAGGAGACAACAUGUGAUGACCAGCAGCCAGCCAACCGUGAAGCAGGAGAACCAGUUGUCAAGGACAACCAGUACCAGGGAAAUCAACCGGAACCAGAUCAAGCUCAACAACCAACUGUCCACUUCCAGACACCUGAUAUACAGGAGGAUUAUCUAGAAGGCAGACAGGACCUCGGGGAUGUACCAGGGGUAGGUACGGUUAACAUCGACGAUCAGGGACGGAUUAUAGGAAUAGUCAAAGAAGACGACAAUGAGUCCGUCUCAACCACAACAACACUCGACCAAGACCAUAUAGCACCGAGACAACCCAUCCGGUUCCACACAGAGGACUUACAUAAUGGCAACGUUCAUAUAGAAGUCACUGCUGUCCCAUCUGCUGGGCGUGCCCCCACCCCCCAGGAGUUACGACAGCGCCCCAUUCAGGCCCUCAGUAAAUCUGACACCUGGAAUUAUGCUCCAGAUGUUGAACAACAGGAAGUAGAUACUGAGAAAUAUCUUCCAGGCCAGAGGAAGCCACAAACACCAAACAUCUUCCAGAAAGGGGAUAUUUGGUAUAAGACAAUUGUGAAGCCGGAGAACUACUGUUUUGAGUGUCUCCCUGACAGUAUGUCCACUAAAGUGGGCCGGUCCGCGGGCAGGAUGCCUGGUCGGCCCCAGAGUGUGUCGUCACAGGUGCUACGAAUGGCUCGCAAACAGAACGAGUACUUCAAAAAAGCCCCACCGGUGAGAACCCCACCCUCCAUCCCUAGUCCCUACCACCACACAUCUAGUUCACCGCGAUACGGAGAGACCUACAACUCGGGUCUGGAACACCACGCCAGGAAAGUGAAAAGUCCGCGACAUUUCAUGGAGCAUGUGGUGGAUCUGAGGAAGGAAACUGUGUCCGCGCCCCCUGGGUCCCUGGUCACCCGCGAGGACAGCUUGAUGGAGUCACUACAGGUUUGUCGACUGUCCACCAGGGGGAGCAACACUGAAGGACUGGAAGGGAAGCCUACAGAAGAGGGUGAAAUGAUGGAUGACAAUGAGAACAAAAGAGUGACCUUCAGGGAGGAGUCGGAGUCAUCCAUGGAGGGCAAGAAGAGCACAUUCUCCAAGUCCUCCAGCUACUCCCAGAUCUCUAUGGCUCACAUUGGACGCCCCAUCGCUCAAGUCUCCCGAAUACCAGACCCCGAUGAAGAGGCAGCUGCAGCCAAGACCCAGUUUGAGGCCAAGGCAGCAGUAGACAUCCAAAGGAUUUUCAGAGGCUAUGUUGCUAGAAACGUGUAUAAGAAACUACUUAGAGAUGAGCGUGAACGAUUAGAGGAUGAACGCAAGGCAGCAGUAGAAAUUCAAAGGAGAUACAGGGGUCAUCUCAUCAGGAAAAAGGAGAUUUAUCAGCAAACAGGUCUUAAGAAGGAACACUUGGAGUGGGCCUCUGAUUUCAAGCAAAUAAAGAAUGAAAACGAAGCCAGGCGACAGAAAAAGAUGGAGGCUUUGUCAGAAAAUAACACACUCAAUUAUCAGAGGAGUUCUACAAGACUCUCCACCAUUGGGCCUCAUGUGGAUAUUUACCAAAUUUAUCAUCCAAAACAAACUGGUCCAACAAAGAAAGACAUGUAUAAUGCAGCCACACACAUUCAGCGCUAUAUACGCGGUUUUCUUAUCAGAAAAAGGUUCGAGAGGCUGAAGAGAAAAUGUGUCUGGCUGGGUUCCACCUACAACAAGAUGGUGAAGGAUUACAAAGGCAUGCUGAGGAAAUGCCAACUACGACACGGAGUGGACAGACCCAAGACUCCAUUCAGCAUCCAGGACAUGAUGGAGUACCUGGAAAUGAGGAGACGUUAUGAAAGUGUGUUUGACAAGAAAGCGUUUGGUUCUGAGCUGGAGGUGAUUGAGUUGGAGUCAUUCUUCAAGGAGUGUGACAUGUACCCAUCUGCUUCAGAGAUCGACGAGGCCAUAGAUGUUGUUUUCCAUGGUCAACAAGUAAAGCGUGGUUUGUUGAAACCUGAGGUGAUGGAACUGGUCUUUUAUAUCUACACCCCUAAAGCGACAGGACUUCCAAACAAUCGCCAGUCAACAUGGCUCAAUCCGAUCAUAGACGGGGUGGAAGCCAAAAAACUCAUAGCCAAUGCAACUGCCUCUGGCAACAAGAAAGGACAGAACAAGAGAAGUGAAUAUGUAGAAAAAGCUCCACUGGAGGUCUGUGCCAAGCUGGUGAUCGAAUCUCGCCGCGAGCGACGUGAGAAGGAAAGAAAGGAGAAGGACCAGAAACUGACAGAUGAUCUGGCCCAGAUGAAGGCCAAGCGUGAUGAGGAGGCAGCAGAGAAGAAAAAGGUUGUCAUAGUAACACCAGAGGAAGCAAAACAAGCUGCUUCCAGAAAGCAAUGAUCUGAAGUGUGAACGAUCUAUGUUCUGAACAACCUGAGGUGUUUGAACCUGAGAAAUGUUCAUAGGCACUGAGAUCAAGGACUUUUGUGUUCUUAUAGACUAUGAUUGACUGUGUUACAUGGAUGGUGCAACAGCAUCAUCUGAAAUUUCUUACAUCUAGUCCUAUAGUGAGGAAAGAGACAGUGGAACAGAGCGAUUGUUGUGUAGUGUACACAACUCAGUAACAUUAUUAUACUGAUACUAAAAACAAACUCUGGUCCAAGUUUUAACAAAAAUCUAAGAAUAGCAACAAUAAGUUUAGUCGGUUUAACCUAUCAAAAGUGUCUAGACUUAUUUAGGAUUUCUGUGAACGAGAACUGACCUUUACUGCAUUGUCAGGAAAUUGUCUGUGAUAUCUGGAAAUCAGUAUUAUUAUCGUUUGAUGUUUUAUCUUCUACAAAAAGUGAUUUUUGUCAUCAUAUUGUGAUGUCUAUGGUUAGCACAAAUUUGAGAGUUGUUGAGGAUAUAUCUCACGCUGCGUGUAGAUUUUAGCUAUUAUGAUAUACAAAGGAAAGGAGACUCUAUUCUAUGUACUGUUAUUUACAUGUUUGACAAACUCCAUGCAUUUAGAAUAUUGACAUUAGUAUUAGUUAUAUUAGCAUUUGAAAAAAAUCACAAAAUUCCACAUCAUUCCAAUAUACACGUAUGUUCAUAUAUUUAUUUCUAGUUCAUUUUUCAUUCAGACAAUUUUGAUUGUAUUUUUAUAUACAUUUUGUAAAUUCAUUUGUAUUUAUUUUUGGAUAUCUUAUUUGAAGAAAGAGCUGGAGCAAGUUAAUCUUUGUGAAGAAUUUUUCAGUGUUUUAUAGUGAAUGAUUAUAUUCCAGUGUUAAAGGAUUGUGCCUGACUUGUUUUUGUUACGGAGAUGAAUUUGUAGGAUUUUGUUUUUUUCUGUAACUGUUUUAUAUUUGUAUCCUUUUACUUUCUAUUCGGAACAAACUGUGAUACUUUUUACAUUACAUGAAUAGUAAAGAGAAAAGUCUUUA